UUAUGUCUCUCUCAUACCAACGCAGCAGAUGUACCCGAGUAGCAUUUUCGAACGCAGCCCUUAUUGUUACCCUCUUACAUCUCAUACUUUUCGAAUCUCUGUCAGCGCCGCCAUGCGUCAAACGCACGAAUUUAAAAGUAGUGAAAACUGCUUGAGCAUACUACAACACCUCUUUGUCCUCCAAGUGAUUGCCGAGUGUGUACAUAUGGAGAAUUUGAUUACUUAAACUGACGUAUUCAGUUUUACUCAGUUUUAUUCAGUUUCAAGCAAUUCAGUUAAGUUAACUCAGCAAUAUCAAAAAUUCAUAUUAUAAAUACGUUAUCAUCAGUUAAACAAAAAUAUAGACAUGGAGAAUUUCGCUAGCGUGCAGUUGUAUCGUGCACCGAAGAUAUCUCAAUAUUAUAACAAAUUCUUCAAUCCGAAUAUUUGUCACGUAUGCAAGAUAAUAUUUAAUGAUAAGUUUAUAACAUGUGAACGAUGCGUCCUGAUAUCUUACUGCGGGAAAUAAUACAGAGAAAAUGGAGCAUUCAUUGCAUAACCUACCAGGGAUGGACGGAAUCAAGGCAGGAAUUUGUACAAUUAAUGAAGAAAUCUCUAUCACGCAACCUGGAACCAUACGAAGAACAGAUGAUCAAUUGGGCAAAAGCAUGUUCAGUUUGUCACACACAGGAGAAUCUGCUUACCUGCCUGAAUUGCUAUUCAGCGAACUAUUGCACUUAUCAUAAAAGUUCGUUCAAAGGAUAUCAUAGCUAUAGAUGCCAUGAGUUGUUGUUAAGCCUCAAACUAGAUAUCGAACAAGUUUAUUCUUCCACUUUGGACAUUGAUAAACUUGUGUUUGGCCGUGAACGCCUAAAAUUAAAUGAUUUUCCCUAUGAAGACAAACCUACUUUUAAGAUUGAAUUACUUAUUACAAAAUAUCUAGAACCAGAAAGAUUUUUAAAAUUCGAGGACUGGUGUCUGUAUUCAGAAUAUGUGACAGAUCCGUUGACAUUUUAUCAUGGUCUUGUGAAUGAAACAGAUUUAUUACAUCCUCAAGAUCUGUUAGGUUCUUCUUAUGUUAUUCAUAUAAUAUGCACUGACUCUAUGGAUAAGAAAUAUCUGUUAGCAUGGAAAUUUCUCCUGUAUAUUUUACCUGUGAAGAAUUUAACGAUUGUAGUUAUAGAACAAAAACCACUCAACAUGUUUCAUGUUAUGCAAGAUACUAGUCCUUCAGACUACAAAAACCAGGAAAUAACUUUCGAAACUUGUCGUAUGUUAUAUCAUGAUUAUGUGCACAGUGAAGUAUAUAAGAAGCCAAAUGUGAUUUUAGGAUUUGAUAUAGAUUUCACUAAGGCAAUAUGGUCAGAGUCAAUUACAAAAUUCAAAGAACAAUGCUGUCCAUUGCUUGUAACUUUUAAAUCAGAAACGCAAUCAGAAGACAAUAUAGAUGUGAUACAUAAAAUCCUAAAAUUAUCUGUGUUUCCUAUAUUUUAUGAAAGAAAUAAAUUUAAAUCAAAUACACCAUCUAAAUCUCUUGAAUAUGAUGAUAUAUUUUAUCGUAAUGAUUAUUUGCUUAUAUUUCGGAAUUUAUAUACUGAAUGGUAACUAUACUGAACCAUAAAGUUCUGACAUUAAAUUAUAAUAUAAUUUGAUGAUGUUAUUAUAAAUGAUAUAUAAGAUACUUGUUACUCAGAUAGUACAAUCUUUUGGAAAUCCUAAGAACGUCAGAAUAAACAUUCUAGAUAUCCUGUGGAUAUCUAAAUUUUAUCCUGAGAUCUAUUUUGGAUGCUCCAAAAGAGGAAUGGUGGCUGAAUACCUAAGGAUAUCUAGAGAAUAUCUUGUCAAACGUUUUAAAGACUUCUGUGAGAUACGAAUUAUAGAUAUUUCUUAGACAUUUAAAGAAAAGAGGAAAAAUGUAUUGAAUUUUUUAAAUAAUGUUGAGCUGUCUUUUUU